AUGGUGGAAUUUAACCACCAACUAGUUUCUCGUAUUUACAAACUCACACAAACGAAGACUGAGUUUGAUAUUAUCCCUCACGUCGACACCGAAAACCACGAGGAGUUGCUGGAAAUUGAGGAGACGUUUGGGCUCUGUUCGUGUCUCGCUGGUGAACGCCUUUGGUAUCCGAUCUACCGAAGCGUUUUCAGUCAGGAAGGUUCUCUUUCAGUAGAACAUCUUACUAUUCUCCUCCUUUUUGUACCUUCUUGUGCCACAUUUUGGCACCGUAGAAAGGAGUUGGUCCAACUCGAUCGCUUGUCCUUAAAGGAAGAGCUAGCUUUCACGCGAUUGGUGUUGAUACGAUUUCCCAGAGCAACAGAACCUCUUCAACACAGACAUUGGGUAUUGGAGAAAUUAUCGUCCUCAGAGCUCGAGGGUGUAGUGGGGGAAGAAAUUGACCUCUGUGAACGCCUAUGUGACAAACACAGGUGCAACUACAUGGUUUGGCAACACCGCCGUUGGCUGCUUCUGCGACAAGGUGCUUCCAUAGAGAAUGUCCAAUCGGAGUUGAAGCGGAUGGACGAUUGGAACCGAUCUCAUCCAGUGGAUGUCAGCGGAUGGUGUUUUCGAGCCCACUUGUUUCGAAUGUGGUUAAGCAGUUCAGACGAGGAGAAGAAUCCCGAUUCCCUUAAGCUAUCUCUUUUCAAAGAGAGUGAGCGCAUUCAAUCUGCCAUCUUGAAAACCCCUGAAAACGAUGCUCUUUGGUCUUAUAGACGUCAAGUAUUCGACAUCUACCGAGAUUUGGGCAGUAGUUUUGUGGACCUCUGCAGAUUCGACCCCAUCGCAUCGGCUAUACCGCCCGAUCCCUGUCUCUGCAAUCUAUCGGAUACAGAGCUUAGGGCGACUGGGCUUUUUGCUGUACCUUCAGAGUUUUCUCAACCCUGGUCAAGAAUGCUGUACAUGCGCCAUCUUCGGUGGCUAGCACAAACCGCCUCGCCAUCCAUUCCCACCCAGUGA